AUCAUUGGUUGCCUUUAUAGAAUUUGAUAAGGCUUUUAUUUCUGUCCAUAGUCCUGAGCUUAUCGCUCCGCAGUUCUGUUGCCUAUAAUGAGCAGUGCCGGGAGAUGACGGGCAUUGUCCACUCUUUCGUCCGCGGAGAUGACCCAGAGGCCGACAUCUGCCCACUGUUCUCUCAUAAACUAAUUAUAUCUGCUCCUGUUUGGGGCUUUCUCAUGUCUCAUGACUCUACAUGUGACGUCCUGGUCAGGCUUCCUCCUUCUCUGGUGUUUGCUUUCCAGCUCUAAAAUGACGAGCUUAUUGAGCAUAUGGGUCAUCUUUCAAAAUGCACGGAGGUGCAUUUAAAGCAGGCAGUGCUGAAAGAAGCAUUCAGGUCCUUGUCUUAAGUACGAAUACCACACUGAAAAUACUCCACAGCCAGGAAAGUUCUGCGUUCAUGAAAAAAUCAAAACAUAAGUAUUAAUCAGCAAAAUGAAAAGUUCUCAUUCUGUAGAAAAAUGGACAGUUAUUUAUUUUGUAUAUGAGGUCUUUGGAUUAAUAGUUGUUUAGGGCUUAGCUCAACUGCUUUAUACACUGUUGGGUAGUUUAACCUAUGCAGCAAUGCAUCAUACUCUAUUAGAUCAUCAUGUUUGUAGCUCAGAAAACAGCCCUGUUUCCUGCUUUGUGACACCAGUUAGACAUACAUAGUGUAUCUGUUUGUAGUGGAGUAGAAAGCACGGGCUAAUGUUUGCCUCUGAAGUGCGGUGGAGUGGAGGCAUGAAGAAGCGUAAUAUGCUAUAGAAACAUUCAUGUGAGUUAGCCUUCGCGUACUUUAAUACCUCAGUCCAGUGGUCAGCUCGAGGCUGCGUGAGUCUGCAGCUUUCUUUACGUUCAAAACACUGAGCUCUCAACCGGUGACAAACAACUAUGUAAAUCUGCAGAAUUUUUGGCUGUCAUUUGUAUGUUUGUUUGUUAUUGUUUUGUCUUUUUCUAACGAACUACUGUUAUACUGUUACUAGCGGAAUAUUAUCAUUUAUUUAACGAUAAGCAGGUUAGUCGGUUUUUAUCCAUACCUCCAUCAUCAGGUUAGUGUGGACUCGACAGCUUUUUACCCAACUUAAUCCCUUUGUGUUUUAUUUUUCCCUCAUGUCUGAUGUUUCUUCCUUCUGUAACUUGUCACCCUUUCCGAGAUUUAAAUAAGGUUUCAUCAUCACUCUCUCCAUCACGCGCUCUUUUGCUCCAUUGGUGAGAGAGGAUGACGCGCGACAUGUACCUGCGAGGGACGCGUGCGUCUUGCCGGCCGGGCAUGCGGCCUUGGGGGACUGAUGAUGGGGAUGCGGAUGCCAUGGCAACAGGCCGAUUAGAUCCAGACCUUUAUAUGCGCAUUUAUUUAUUUAAUAUUGUAUUUGCAUGCGCUGCGCGCCACUGUGGACGUGCCGACCCGACCCCUGAGUACUGAGUGAGAGUGAGAAGUGAAUUGCAGCUCUAAACUGGACUCCACUGGCUCUAAGUAGUCUGUGAAUGAACAGUCACCUUAAACGCUCAACAAGUUGUUUUAUUUUCUAAGGAGGCUUCGGGAUUCAUCAAAGCGCGCGUUGGAGCAUCUUAUUCUGUUGAGAUACAGAGACGAUUCAUCUGUCCUCGGUGCCUUCCAGAGGGAGAGGACACCGCUGUAUCCCUGCAGUCUGGACACAAUGUCAUUGAAAGUCUGCAGAUGUAGGAUUAGACGGCAGCGGCUGCUUGUGAGAGAACACAAGCUUUCGGGCGUCGGACUCUGAACACCUGACCAAGUUAAUUCCGGCAUCAGCUUUACAAAAUAGCCAUGUUGUAGAAUCGCUUUUCUUUCCUCUGGCUGUCUGAGCGCUUCAGUCACGGACAGGCGACAUUUCGGCGCGUCUCCUAUCACGAUGACUGUUUUUCCGCUUCUUUGUUGAAAAUGACAACGUGCUGCCGAUUCCGUGAGAAAAUGGGCUAGAUUUGCCGUGAACUGGCUUGUUUUCCGACGUCAUGUGUGUCCCUGUCCGUCUGCUUUUGUGCGUGCGUGUUUCUGUUGCGUGUCAGAAUGAAUCAGUGCGCUUCGGAGUGUGAGCGCCCGUGUGUGCCGAUUAUGUGCGUCCCUUAUGUCCACUAACAAGCCAUCCCUCCCGACAGAGGAUCAAGUGUCCUUGUCAUUCAUCCGCGGAUGAAUGUUCCCCACUCUGCCACCUUACCGCUCACAUCACCUCUUGCAUAAUGACAUAUGUAGAAAAUAGCAAGAUUGGGUGAUUAGCCCUGGACAUAUAGGCUACGCAUACAGGACACCGACUGCCAAUGAGCGACAAGCCCCGUCAUCUACUAAAGACCGAGAAUCCGGUGCCAAUAUGACCGGCGUCGGAGCACUGAGGGCGGCCGUGGAGAGGAGAGGGAGGGCCUCUGGAGCAGAGCAACGUUUCAAGGACGAGGAAGGAGGAAUGAUACAGAAACAUCUGUAGGAACAAACGAGACUCUUGAAGAAACGGGGAAAAGGUGAAGCUGCUGGGGUCACUCCGGCGGAGUGAAGGAUUUAAUGUCCGGAUGGGGCUUUUUCCAAGGGCACUGAGGUAAGCAUGGCCACAUCUGCGAAGAGAGGGCGGGGAUGUGAGCUGUCGGCUCCAGGAGAAUGACUGGAGAGACACGGACCACUUUUCUUUAGCGCCUUCAAUUUACAAUUAAGAUUGACAUUGACAUUCUCACCUAUGUAGGCCUAAUCUCGACAGGUCAACUACACUAAACAAUAGUUUUCCUGAGGGGGUGGGAGUUACAGAUUAAAUUCGCCCUCCCCUCACUAUCCUCCUCCUCCUCCCUGGGUUGGGAUGGAUGGCGUGGCUGGAGGUGUGGGUACCCCCGGUAGCGCCGGGGGGUCUGGGGGUGACAGCCUCCCCAGACGUAACGGAGGGGACUCAAAGCGGCGCAGUAAGGGCAGCCUGCCCUCUCCGGGCUACAGGCUGUCCCAGGCCUCACUGGAAGGAGAGAGGGGCUCCUUUGGGGCAGACACCACUUCCUUAGGUGGACGUGGCCGUCGCCUCUCCAUCAUGAGCUCCUCCACCAGGGACGGCCUUCCCUUCCGCUCGGCAGGCACACCAACCACCCCGGUGCCCCUGCCGCCUCCUCCGCCCUCCUCCACCUCCUCCUCUGCCACAGCCCACCCUCCUCCUCCGCGCUCAGUAGGCUUUGCCUCGUCCCGCGCCGCCCUGGCCUCCACCUCCUCCACCGGGACCGGAGUGAUGGUGGUGGCCACCGGCCAAGAGACCACCACCACUACAACGUGCAACACCACUGCUGCGGGGACCCCCGAGAUGGUGGGUCAGUCUGGACUGGGUGGGUUUGGCAUGGGGCUGGAUGGGGAGGACUACAGCACCUCCAACCAGAGCACCUUCAUCCAGAGACAGUUUGGAGCCAUGCUUCAGCCGGGGGUCAACAAGUUCAGCCUGCGUAUGUUUGGAUCCCACAAAGCUGUGGCGCUGGAGCAGGAAAGACUGAAAUCAGCAGGAGCGUGGAUCAUACACCCUUACAGUGACUUCAGAUUCUACUGGGACCUGCUGAUGUUAAUGUUGAUGAUGGGGAACUUAAUUGUACUGCCAGUUGGCAUCACCUUCUUUAGAGACGAGAACACACCCUCAUGGAUCAUCUUCAACGUGGUAUCGGACACACUCUUCAUGGUCGACUUGGUUCUCAACUUCAGGACUGGCAUCAUUAAGGAAGAUAACACUGAGAUAUUGUUGGACCCCAGAGCGAUCCGCCAGAACUACCUGAAGAGCUGGUUCCUCGUGGACUUUGUGUCAUCCAUCCCGGUGGACUACAUCUUCCUCAUGGUGGACAGUCUCGACUCAGAGGUCUACAGGACAGCCAGGGCGCUGCGCAUCGUCCGCUUUACCAAAAUCCUGAGCCUGCUGCGACUUCUUCGCCUGUCCAGACUCAUCCGCUACAUCCACCAGUGGGAGGAGAUCUUCCAUAUGACCUAUGACCUUGCCAGUGCCAUGGUGAGGAUAGUUAACCUGAUUGGCAUGAUGCUGCUACUGUGCCACUGGGACGGCUGUCUCCAGUUCCUGGUCCCGAUGCUACAAGACUUCCCUCCUGACUGCUGGGUUUCCAAGAACCUGAUGGUGAAUGACACAUGGGGAGUGCAGUACUCGUACGCUCUAUUCAAAGCAAUGAGCCACAUGUUGUGCAUUGGGUAUGGUGCCCAGGCUCCAGAAGGCAUGACUGAUGUGUGGCUCACCAUGCUAAGUAUGAUCGUAGGUGCCACCUGCUACGCCAUGUUCAUCGGCCACGCCACCGCUCUCAUCCAGUCACUGGACUCCUCACGACGACAGUACCAGGAAAAGUACAAGCAGGUGGAGCAGUACAUGUCGUUCCAUAAGCUUCCUGCAGAUGUUCGGCAAAAGAUCCACGAGUACUAUGAGCACCGCUUCCAGGGCAAAAUGUUCGAUGAGGAGAACAUCUUGGGAGAACUCAGUGAGCCACUUAAAGAGGAGAUCGUCAGCUUUAACUGCCGCAGCCUGGUGGCUAACAUGCCGCUGUUUGCCAAUGCUGAUCCUAACUUUGUGACUGCCGUGUUGACAAAGCUUCGCUUUGAAGUAUUCCAGCCUUCCGACUUCAUCAUCCGUGAGGGUACAGUUGGACGGAAGAUGUACUUCAUUCAACAUGGACGAGUUAGUGUGCUGACUCGUGGCAACAAGGAAACCAAGCUGAGUGACGGGUCUUACUUUGGAGAGAUCUGUUUGUUGACUCGUGGACGGAGGACAGCCAGUGUCCGUGCAGACACAUACUGUCGUCUGUAUUCCCUCAGUGUGGACAGCUUUAACGAGGUGCUGGAGGAACACCCGAUGAUGCGGCGUGCCUUUGAAACUGUUGCUGUUGACCGAUUGGACCGUAUUGGCAGGAAGAACUCCAUGCUCCUGCGGAAGUCAUCCCAGGGUGGUUCUCUGGGGGGCAGUAUGGGUCGUGGUGGAGGCCGGGGUGGAGGGGGUCCAGGAGGUGCAGGAGGGCUCGCGGCAGGCAGUCUGGGUUCCUGUGACAGCAUGCUGGUGCAGCAGAUUGUCAAACAUGACAGCAUGCCGGCCAUGCAGGAUGCCAUUGCGGCUGCUGCUGCUGCUGGAAGAGGCGGAGUCAUGGGAGGGAGUGGCACGGUGUCUCCUCGGCCACGCCCGGUUAUCUGGGCACCACUGGUUCAUGCCCCCCUGCAGACUGCAGCUGCCACCAGUAAUGUAGCCAUUGCCCUCAUGCACCAGCAGCAGCAACAACAGCAGCAGCUCCAGCAAUUGCAGCAGCAACAAGCACUUGGAGGUGCUUUCUUCCUGCCCUCCCCUCUUGUCUCUCCCUCUCCCUCCUCUUCUUUCCCUCUGUCUCCUCCUCGUGCUCCUGUGUUACAGCCCCUCCGCCCGUCUGUGAGCUCCCUCAUUGGGAUGAUGGCAAUGGGAGGGAUAGGUGGUUUGUCCCCCAGAGGGGGAUUCCCUGCCUCUCCUUCAACUAUAGGCCCUCCUGGUGGUGUGACAUCACCCCCUGUAACUAAAACUCCACCCACACAAGCUUCCUCUGUCUCAACUUCUGUCCAACAAGGAAGGACUCUUCAUUACAGCCUCCGCCUGCAGGCUGAUCAUCCCACAGUGAUGGCUGGAUCACUUGGAACCCCAACAGGUGGAGGGCCACCAACUCCACCCCUCCACAAGGUACCUACCACCAACUGCCCUGCUACCUCUGGUGCCACAUCAGAUGGCAACACUUCUGUGACGGCCCAGCAGGGAGCAAAAGAAGCUCUGUUACGUCAUGGAGGAAACAGCUGUCAGGGUCUCGCAGCGCUGGGCAGACUCACCCAGGAGGCCAGGCUGCUGUCAGCCUCGCAGCCCACUUUGCCUCACCGAUCCUGGGUUGGAGUGCAGCCUCACCCACCUCUCCACCGCAAGGCCUCUGGUGGUAAUUUGCUAGCAGCUCCUUUUCUGGCAGGGCAGUUAGCCAGGGGAGGAAGUGCAGGUGUGCUGACCUCUAAUGCUCCAGUACAGCCAGUGACAAGCAUACCAUUUAAUGCACAAACACAAGCACAGCCCACGGCCACAUACGCACAGUCUGCCCCUCACACGGCCUCUGUACACACACCUACAGCGGCUCAUGUGCCCUCUGCAGCUUCUUUUCCAUCUUCCUCUUCUCCAAAGCAGACCCCACUUUCCUCCGCUAGCCCUUCACCCACCCCCUCGUCUCCUACGCCUAUACUCUCCCAGCCACCUCGUCCUAAACCAAUCCCGGUGACUCCCUCUAGUUCCUCCUCUCCUCCUCCCUGCUCCACCCCUUCUUCAGCAGGAACACACCCACUGACGCUCUCAUCAACUCCUCGUCCCAAACCAAUCCCUACACCCUCCCCACGCUCCUCUUCUCCGUCUCCCUCCUCCACACCACCUCCAUCUUCUGUUUCUACUCCGGUUCCGCUACCUCAAACUUACGGGCCCAAGUCCUCUCUUAUCUCCUCUUCUCCCCCUUCCUCCUUGGUGACCUCUUCCCCAACGCAUCCUCAGAGCCCCCGAGCCAAGCCAUCCAACACACCUCCUUCUGCUUCUCCCUUGUCUGGCCCCAAUCCUGCACCAACCACAGUCCCUUCACCAAUAAUGACUCCCACUCAGACGACCCGCACCCGCACUUCUACCCCCUCCCAAACUCCUACGCUCACACCUGUUACUCCUACCCAGACCCUCACCUCGUCACCUUACCCCUCCAUCAUCCCUGUUACUUCUAUCCCCUCCCAGAGUAAAUCCCAGAGUUCAACCCCUUGUCUCCAGCCUUCUGUCUCCAGCUCAGGCAGAGGCCCCACCUUAAGCCAAAUCCCAAGACAGGCCACUCCUCUAACCCCGACGCAAACUGCUACUCCUUCCCCAACACCGGCUAGCACCAGUUCUCCUACUAAAGUUACUUUCUCAGUUCAUCCUGUGAAACAAACCUCUCCUGUCGUUACUCCAAGCCCCAUUCCAUCCUCAGGUCAUUCCAUCAAACCAACCUCAGCAACAAUCCCAUCCUUAACAACUUCUGCAACGCUGAGCUCCACUAGCUCCUCCUCUUUUACUACCACCCCUUCCUCCACCACCACCACCUCUCCUAGUAUCCAAUCUUCCUCUGUUCAUCCCCCAAAACAAAUGCCAGCCACCACAGCUGCCCCCACCCACUCCUCAAAACUCAACAUACCCCCAACCCCUGCUCAGACCUCUCAGGCAUCCACCACUACACCGACCCAGCCAGCACAUGCAGCCAGCCCUGCCAACACGACCUCCCCUAAAGGGGGUAAAAAAGACCCUCAGCUGACACUUGCCAGAAAAGACUCAGAGGGACUAAGACACAAACUGCCCGCCAACAUGUAAAAACGAAGAGGAAGAAAAUCUCAUAGGACAAUCUGACUUGUGUGGCAGUGGCUGCUGCUGUUUAGCAGAGCCAUGGAUAUGCAGAACUGUGUCAGAGCUGGACCCAGACAUCCAACGAACUCAUGAGGACAGGACAGGACAUCUCGUUUGCAUUCACUCUAGGAUGUGAUUGUCUUAGAACAUCAGGUGUUCAUGUGACUCUCAACCAAGCCACUGAUCGAGGAGAAAGACUGUGGAGUGGUUGGUGCAGGCGUUGUUGGUGGAGUCUAAAUAAACAUCAAAAUGUAAACAUACAUAUCUGUGUUAGUGAUUGUUGGAGCAAGCAGGGGAGCUGUAGUGGAAACAGUAAAAUGGGAUGAAAGCAAUAGCUGAGAGUCAGGAAAAAAAAGGAGUUUAUGUGAAAAGUCUCCAUUUUCUUGACAACAGAAACAGCAAUAUAUGUAAAACAUUUAAGACUCUCAUAAUGUGACAGGAAAUGACCUUGAAAAUAACAAUAAAUGUGAGAAAAUAACAAUCUUUAUGCUGUUUGGAAGAAUGUCCUUUGUGAUGUUGGUUUCAAAUGCAGGCAGUAGAGCAGACACUUCCUGGUUUCCAGCUCCAACUUCCUCUUGCCUCCCAUUUUGCACCAAAGUGUAAUAUUUUCUCAUCAUCAUAAUAAUAAUACUUAUAAGGAUAUAGAGUUUAAAAAUCACUGUAAAGUCAAUACUCAUAUGAAUUUGAAUAAUUAGGAGCAGUCCACUGGUAGUUUUUGUUGUCCCUGGUGUGUGGUGUUUAGUUUUUGAACAAAGACAGAACUUUUAAACCUACAUGUUCACUCUGACGACUUCUGUAAAUUGUGUUUUUUGUGCGACACCCGAUACUCUUCUGCUGUGCACUGUGGCUCACUUGAUUUCGUUCCACCCAGUUCCCUGUACUGUAAAUACGUGCCUCUCUGUGGGUCUGUUGUGUGCUUCUUCACUACUCAGUCUCUUAGUCUUUCAUCUCUCGUCUGUCUCGCCGCCUUUCAUCUGAUUUCACAGCUCUGGUUGCUAACUGUUUCUUUGACGCUCACAGACUCUCUCGCUUUCUCGCGGUUUGCCCGACACGCUGCUCUUUGCUGCCAUCGGCCUCAUGCUCAGUUUGCUCUUCCUUCUGUCGCCCUACGACACUGUUUCUGCGCCAUUUCCAGUGAUGUUUGAUGUUUUGUGUGGGUAGCAACAAGGCAUUUCUGUCUUAACCCCCGAUACCAUGUUGCCUAGACUAUAUAUUAAAGGACCAAAUGUUUUUAUUUUUUAUUUAUCACAGCUUUAGCUUUUGAAAAGACAAAAUAGCUAAUAAUGCCGUUGCAAUGAUGAUCUUGAGCGUGUUGAUUAUGUUUUGACAGCAGUGAUGAUGAUGAUAAUAUUCUCGACAACCAUGAUGAUGAUGAUGAUGAUGAUGGUGUAUAUCUGGUACGAAUAAAGUGGAUUUAGUUAUCAUUUUGUUGAGUGUGGUGAGGAAAUGAGCCCUUUUUGUGUGCUUGCACGUGUGUUUUUGUCCUG